AUGGCGCCCUCCGCAAUGGCUGAUGUAGCGCCAAUGCAGCUACCCGUCUAUUCAAAACACUCAAACAAGGUUGCUGCCUCCGUCUUGUACGGGCCUCGAGAUUUGCGAUUAGAAGUAAGAAGCAUCGAGGCGCCUGGUUUUGGUGAACUACAAAUUGCCAUCAAAUCCACUGGUAUAUGUGGCUCAGAUGUCUCAUAUUAUAAAAAGUUCGCCAAUGGCGACCUAUGUGCUUGCGCUCCUCUGUCCCUUGGCCAUGAAUCGUCCGGUACGGUCGUGGCUGUUGGGCCCCAGGUCGGUGGAUUCAAGGUUGGUGACCGUGUUGCUCUAGAAGUUGGCGUUCCUUGUGGCCAGUGUGGUAUCUGCCGAAAAGGCAGGUAUAAUCUGUGCAAGAAAAUGCGAUUCAGGAGUAGUGCCAAGAGUGUCCCUCACUAUCAAGGGACUCUUCAAGAGAGGAUAAAUCAUCCGGCAAUCUGGUGUCAUAAACUACCAGAUCAAGUUUCCUUCGAAGCCGCUGCCCUACUUGAACCCCUCUCCGUUGCUAUCCAUGCUGUAAAUCGUGCUACUCCCACGCCGGGUUCUACAGCUCUGGUCAUUGGCGCUGGGACAGUUGGACUUUUGACUGCUGCGAUGGCACGUCAAUCUGGUUGCACGUCAGUCACUAUCACUGAUGUGGACGCUGGCCGUGUUGGAUAUGCACUGAAAAAGGGCUUCGCUACCCAUGGCUUCGUUGUUCCUAAUCCGUCAAAUACUUCAUCCGGCAGCUCGGUAUUCACAGAUUCUGGAAGCUCCACCCCCUUAGAUCCUGGUGCGAUGACACCAGCAAGUUUGUUUUCCAACUCAAUUCACGACCGUCUCGAAACCGCGAAAGGUCUCGCGGCUGAUAUACUUUCCUUGACGAGGCCGCCGUUAAGCCUACAGGACGAUGAUGAAGACGAAGGCGUUGACGUGACGUUUGAGUGUACUGGAAAAGAAGCUUGUAUGCACACUAGCCUUUACGCUACUCGUCCGGGUGGUAAAGUCAUCAUGGUGGGCAUGGGUACACCGAUUCAGACAAUUCCAAUGUCUGCUGCACACCUAAGAGAAGUAGAUAUUCUGGGAAUAUUUCGAUAUGCGAAUACAUACGGAACCGGCAUAAGACUACUCUCUACUCAGGGGCAGGGUGGAGCUGGCUUCACCUUACCAAGUCUCGACGACAUGGUAACCCAUCGAUUCAAAGGUCUCGGCGCUGCAAAACAUGCUUUCGAACUUGCUAGCAGGACUAUGGAUGAUGACGGCAAUCUCGUGCUAAAAGUCGUCAUCGAGGCUUAA